AUGAAAAACGAGGUCACAUUUGAAAUUGAAAAUAAGAGGCUAAAUUAGCUUAUCCAAGAAAAUCAAUUUGAAGAGGCUGAAAAUUUAUCAACUAGAAUGCUCAGUGAUUACAACAAAUUUGACUAUGAGCUAUUGCUCAAAAGAGCAAGAAUCAGAUAAUGCCAAAUGAAGUAUGAGGAGGCAGCCUUAGAUGCAAAUCUAGCAUUGCAUGUAUUGCCGUAAAGAAUUGAUGCAUAUUACGUCUUAUCGGAAUUCCUGAUUGCUCUGAAUAACUAUUCUGAGGCCCUCAAGUUACUUCAAAUACUUUAUAACUACAAUCCAGAUAACUAAAUGAUCAAGACUUAGUUUGAAUAAAUUAGAGAAAAAGAGAGGAAGAAAUAACCAAAAAAUCAAACUAAACUUGAAAUCAAAGCAAAAAGGUAAUAAGAGUUGAAAAAACUAAACUAGGAGAAAUUCUAAAAAAUCAAGGAAUUUGUUGAAAGUUCCCCAGAUAGUUUAUUUCAUAAAAGUCAGACCUUCAAUUAAUUCUAGAAAGGAUAUCUAGAUGAUGAGCCUUUGAUUUUAUCUGAUGAAAUGAGUGAUGAUAAUGAUAAUGAUAUAUCUACAUAGAUCAGUAGUACUUCUUUUAAGAACGAGCAGCCAGGUAAUGCCUAGCAUCUAGAGACCCCCAGAGUGCACUAAUAGCUUGAUUUCAGAUCAUUAAAUGCAGAUUAAGUAUUCAAUAAAAAGAAGGAAGUCUAUAGGAUGAAGCCAGAAAAGCUAUCUAUUGUUUAAUGCUAAUUAUGCUAACUAAUAUUUGAUUAUACUUCGACAUGCUCUCAUUAUUCUCAACUGACAUAAAGUGAUAUUGAUGAUUUAAAAGAGAUGAUGCCUGGCUUAGCUGGCCCUAAGAAUAUGGAUUCAAAGAAGUAGGCUUUGCAAAAAGUAACUAGAUCUCUAGAUGUUUUAAGUACUUUCAAAGUCACCUCAUUAACUCUUCUCUAAGGAUAGUUCUCUGAAAUUAUAGCUCUAUAUUUGAAGGUAAAUCUCAAUUAUAAUUUUGAUCUAUAUUAGAGAGAUUUGAGUAUUUUACUAGGAGAAAAUUCAGAGUUCAUAUGCAAGGAAUGCUGCUGCAUUCAAAUUGAUGAGAAUAAUAACCCAUAAAUUACACUCGCUCAACAUGCUCUCAUAAUAGUUAAUAGAUCUCUAACUUUCCAGCAGCAAGCAUUAAUGCUAAACCAAAAGGAAGAUUUAAUUAAUGUAGGUGGUCUUGAAGAAGAAAAAGCUGACUUUAAAGUAGAGCCUAGAAUUACAAAUGCCAUCAUUGAUGAAAUGAAAAUUGAACUUGAUCAAAGCUAGGCAAGAGAAUAUAAAAAUCUAAAUUUUUAGACUCUCUAGCUACUUCCCUCUAUUAGACAGAUUUUGAGAAAGUAUGAAUAAUUUGAGAAAGGGUUCCCUUAGAAUGCUAAACUAAUCAAUGCACUGAAUGGUGAUUAUUUAUGGUUUAGUCAUUCAAACUUGGGAUGCAAUAUGAAGAAUUAUUAUAAAGAUUAGCCUCUUAAGGUUUGUGGAGGUUGCAAAAAGUCCUCCAGACAGCUCAAAGCUUGCUCUAGAUGUUUAAAAGUUUAUUAUUGCAAUAGAGAUUGCCAAAAAUCACAUUAUCCUAUGCAUAAAGUCGAUUGUGUUCCUCUGAAAUGA